GCGUCCUGUUACCGGGCUCUAUUCUUCUCUCCUGUUAUUGAGUUACGUUUCUCGUUAUCGCCUUUGGGCAUCCCGUUCUGUUAAGCUGUUUCUCGCGUACUAUGUUCUUGGAAAUUACUCAACGGCGUGGUAAACUCUUUUUUUCUUAUUGCCUUCUGUCCUUUUCCCUCUCUUUGACUGUCGGUUCCCCUCUACUGUUAGUGCUGGGUGCGUUUGACUUGACCUCGAUUUCUUCCGCCCUGCUGCAGCGACGCCCUUGUGGUUGUCACUCGGGGGGUUGGGUUGACGGUGUUUGGGUGAAACUCGAAGGCUGGACGGGGCCCUUCGUGAUUCCGUACUGGGUUUGGUCCAUGAAGGGGGGUUGUUCUCUCCAAUUCGGCGAACGGGCUUUUUCUCUUCGUUAGUGUAUGUGCUUUGGCUUUUGUAGCUUUCUCAAAACUAGC